UCUGGCGCGGCCUUUGUCUCUUCCGCCGGGCACGGAGCCCCGUCCGCGCUCUGGUGUCGCUCCUGCAGGGGGCCCAGGUGUCUCUGCCGCAGCCCGUGUCACCCGUGACCUGCAGAUAAGACUCUACUUCGUGGGAACUGUUUACAGCAAAGGUGUUUGCCAUCACAUGGACACCUCCUUGCUCAGAUCCAGUAGAAGUUCUACAAGGGUCCUUCUGCCUGCGGGUGUGGUGGUAGCAGAUGGAGGGGUCGCGCUGAGGCCUUGACAUGCACAUGCUCAAGAUGCAGCUGUGACCUGUGCAGAUGACCUCAGCUGAGAAGGCGCCUUAGAGAGGCCGGAGGAAGAGGAAGAAAUGGCUGGUUCUCAGGAAUUGUUAACAUUCAGGGAUGUGGCCAUAGAAUUCUCUCUGGAGGAGUGGGAAUGCCUGGACCCUGCUCAGUGGAAUUUGUAUAGGGAUGUGAUGUUAGAGAACUACAGAAACCUGGUCUCCCUGGGUCUUGCUGCGUCUAAGCCGGACCUGAUCACCUUUCUGGAGCAAAGACAGGACCCUUGGAAUGUGAAGAGACAUGAGAUAGUAGCCAAACACCCAGAUAUAUUUUCUCAUUACACCCAAGGUGUACAGAAAAAGCAAUGCAUAGAAGCUCCAUUUCAAAAAGUGAUAUUGGGAAUAUUUGGGAAUCGUGGCCUCGAAAAUAUACACUUAAAGAAAGAAUCGGAACGUGAGGGUGAGUUUCAAGGGGAGAUUGGAUGUUAUGAUGGACAAACAAAAUGUAGGACAAUUAUCUAUAAUGAAAACAUCACUGAUAGAAAAGGUCAGAAAUGUAAACUACCUUCGAAAAAAUCUCCAUUUUUGUCAGUUACUUUUGCUGAACCACAUGUUUCUGUGAGUGAAUACCAACAUCAACAUUUGGAACAUAAAUUUUAUCUGAAAGGAAAUUUAGAAAAUUCAAAUAGUGACCUAGGCCAUAUUCAAAAUAAUGAUUUGGAUCAAUUAAAAUGUAGAAUUGGGUUAAAUAUUCAGUCAAAUAUUUCUGAAGAUCUGAGAUUUAAAAAUGAAAGGAAGAUUUCCAUAUGUGAUCAAUUUGAUGGGUCACUUGUUAAAGAUUUAUUAUUCUUACACAAAAAGUAUGAUAAAAUCUACAACUUUGAUCAGAAUGAGAAGGUAUUUGCCCAUUCAUCAUUGCUUAAGCAAUAUCAGGGAAUAGAUAAUUGGAGAAGACAUCACACCUAUGACAAAACUUCAAUGUCCUUUAGCCAGGGCUCUAUGCUAAAUUAUUACCAGGAUAUGUAUGUUGAAGACCAAAAUUAUCAAUGCCAUAAAUCUGAGAAAACCUCUAACCAAGGCUCUAGCCCUAGAGAAUAUCUGAAAACUUAUUUUCCAGAGGACUACUACAAAUGUAAAAAAUGUGAGAAAGUCUUUCAUCAACAUUCUAAGCUUAUUUUCCAUGAGUGUAUUCAAGUUCAAGAGAAGUCUUAUGAAUGUAACAAAUAUUUAGAAGCUUUUUCCCAGUCAUCAACUCAUACUCAGCAUGAAGGAAUCCGUUUUGGAGUAAACUCAUACAGAGAUAAUAAAUGUGAGACAGUCUUUGGUCAAUCAUCAAAUCUAAAAAAAUAUGAGAUAAUCCAUACUGAAGAGAAACCCUACAAAUGUAAUGAAUGUGGGAAAGCUUUUAACCGUAGUUCACAUCUUACCCGUCAUCAGAGAAUUCAUACAGGAGAGAAACCUUACAAAUGUAAAGAAUGUGGCAAAGCCUUUAUUGAGAAUUUAUAUCUUACUAAUCACCAGAGAAUUCAUACUGGAGAAAAACCCUACAAAUGUAAAGCAUGCAGUAAAUCUUUUAGUCAUUAUUCAAGUCUUACUCGUCAUCAGAAAAUUCAUACUGAAGGCAAACCCUACAAAUGUGGUGAAUGUGGCAGAGCCUUUAACUGUAGUGCACAACUUACUCGUCAUCAGAGAAUUCACACUGGAGAGAAACCCUACAAAUGUAAAGAAUGUGGCAAAGCCUUUAACUAUAAUUCAAGUCUCACUGAGCACCAGAGAAUUCACACUGGAGAAAAACCCUACAAGUGUAAAGCGUGUAGUAAAUCCUUUAGUCAUUCCUCAAGUCUUAUUUUGCACCAGAAUAUUCAUACUGGAGACAGACCCUACAAAUGUAAAGAAUGUGGCAAAGGCUUUAACUAUAAUUCACAUCUUACUGAACACCAGAGAAUUCAUACUGGAGAAAAACCCUACAAAUGUAAAGCAUGCGGUAAAUCUUUUACUCAUUAUUCUGGUCUUAUUAAUCAUCAGAAAAUUCAUACAGAAGAGAAACCCUACAAAUGUAGUGAAUGUGGCAAAGCCUUUAACCGUAGUUCACGGCUUGCUGGGCACCAGAGAAUUCAUACUGGAGAAAAGCCCUACAAAUGUAAAGCAUGCGGUAAAUCUUUCAUUUAUUCCUCAAGUCUUAUUUCACAUCAGAAAAUUCAUGCUGGAGAGAAACCCUACAAAUGUAAAGAAUGUGGCAAAGCCUUUAACUAUAAUUCAUGUCUUACUGGGCACCAGAGAAUUCAUACUGGGGAAAAGCCCUACAAAUGUAAAGCAUGCAAUAAAUCUUUUGCUCAUUCCUCAAGUCUUAUUUGGCAUCAGAAAAUUCAUACUGGAGAGUAACCCUACAAAUAUAAAGAAUGUGGUAAAUUCUUUUACCAUGGUUAAAAGUCAACGUAGAAGAAUUGAUACUAGAAAGACUGUACAGAUGUAAUAAAUAAGGAUAGAAUUUUAUAAAAAAUAUAAAAUUUAGAAAUCACAAGAAAGAUCACAGAGAAAGAAAUUUUAUACAUUCAAUAAGCAAAAUAUUUAAUUAAAACUCAUCUGAUUGUAUCAAGGGAUUCCCAGAAAAAAUGACUAAAGCAGACUGCUGUAAUUUUUCAGGCUUCAAUCAGUUUUUGAGAAAGUAGAUGGAGUCGUGGAUGAAUCCAAUUUUGUGGGCAUAGGUUUGAAAUACUAUGUUGGAGAUGAAUACAUGGUAGAGAUGAAGAUACCUGUGGGAGGCUGUUCUAGGCAGAGUCAGCAUGGUGUGUCCUGUGGUUAAAUCAGACUCCAUGUUUCUCAAGGUCCAAAUAUAAAGGAUAACCCCAAGAUAGGUUAGAUCCACUGUAGGUAGGUGACCUUCUGGGGAAGGUGAUCCAGGGGUGGCAGGGACCUCCCUCAUUUCAACUCAGUCCAUCAGUGGGUCUAGUCAUGCCAUCCUUGCUCUCUUUGAGGCACUGGGAAAUGUGGGGGAGCAGUUGGUCAGUCAGUUGCUUUGAGUAUUUUAACCUGAAGCCUUUCACCAAAUUUUUAGGCUACAAUUCCCCAUGAUCUUUUACAGCCCAUCUUAUCCUUUCACCCACUGUCUAGAGUGGAAAGUAGAUUGUGAAUUUUGGAAAAAAGUACAACAAAGUUGGGUUUCAGGUUAUAUUCACACAUUUAAUGUUGGCACAAUUGAAAUAUAUUUUGUUCUGUAGGUAUUAAUUUCUGUUCAGGUAUAUGAAGAAAAGACUAUUGUAAAGUAUCUGAAUAAAAUGUGUAUUUUGUAUAUGACGAAUAGGUAGCAGUCCAGGACUGACGAAAUAGUGCAAUGACUUUAUGGGGUACUAGUUUGUUUCCAUUUACCCUUUCUGAUAUUGUGUACAGUUAGUCAGUGUGCUCACGCUUACUCAAGUUAGCUGCCCCACCUUCCAGUAUCAAACCACAUUCCAGACAGAACAAAGAGUAAAUGAGAAUCUGAUAGAACACAGGGAAUUUUAUUGGACACCAUUACUUAAGGCCUUUCUUCCCUAGCAUUUGUCUUUAUCUCACUGACUAAAAUUAUGGUAUGUUCACUCUAUGUGGAAAAGUCUCUCUGAAACACAAAAGCAUGUAUGGGAACAUAAUUGGGAAUGAUUGUUUUUACGUGGAUCAUUGCUUAGUCCAUUUAUGUUGCUAUGAAGAAACACCUGAGGCUGGGUAAUUUACUAAAAAAGAGAGGUUUAUUUGGCUCACAGUUCUGCAGGUAGUACAAGAAGCAUGGCAACAUCUACUUCUGGUGAGGGGUUUGGGGAAUUUCCACCCUCAGAAGAAGAAAAAGAAGAACAGACAUCACAUGACAAGACAGAAAGAAAGAGGAGGGAGGUGCCAACCCUCUUUAACCAUAUUUCAUGGGAACUGUGAGUGAAGAACUCACCUAAUCCUGCAAGAACGGCAUCAAGCCAUUUAUAAGGGAUCCUUUUCCCCAUGACCCAAGCACAUUCCACUAGGCCCCAUAAUUAAUAUUGGGGAUCAAAUUUCAAGACAAGAUUUGGAGGGCCAAAAAUGAAAAUUCUAUCAAAGUGUGUUAGAAAAUAUGACAUAAAGGCCAUCACACUGGCAUAGGGUUUUGUAAGAAACCCCUAAAUUUUAGAAUACAUAUCCAAGCUUUACAAAAUUCAAUUGUGCAUUCAAAUGAUCUGUUUCUUGUUUUUUUAUUUAUUUUUAUU